GCCGGCAGGACUCCUUCUUCUCCUCCUUGUCACUUAAAUAGACUUCCAAUACGGGUGCCCUGCCUUAUCUAUUCCCCUUCUUCAAGCUUGAUCUUCCUUAUCCGCAACCCUGCUCCACUAACCCUGCUCCACUCCCUCCGCCUUAGGCCGUCAGUUCUUGUACCCAUCCGUCCCCCGUUCACACCCGGGUCUAGAGGUUUUACCUUGCGAUUUCUGAAAUUGGCCGAUGGGAGAUACUUCCAGCCCACUCUCCAGGGGCGGCAACGCCAGGCCCGAGCAUCCCUCUCUUCAUCAGGCUCAGGCCCAGCAUGUCCAAGAGCUCCGUCAGCCGCACCAUUAUCGCCGAGACUCGGUAGCCAGCAAUGCAAGUUUUUACAGUGAAGUUGAGAUGGCUCAGAACGAGGUUUGUGCCACCAUCCGCCCUAAUGGCGGCGUCCCUCUCUGACUUCAUGCUAGGUCUUCGCGGGUCCGAUCUCGGAGAGCCUCGCCUCGAGUGUAACCUCUUUCCAACACCGCCGCCAUUUCCGAGCUGAUUCGAACGCAAGCUGGUCCUUCUACCACCCUCAACCUGGAGAGGAUGAUCGAGCCAGCUUCCGGGAGGCCGAAGACGGGGGCGACGGGGGAGCCAUCAUAGAUGACGACGACGACGAAUAUGUGCCUUCUUAUCCUGAGGGCAGAAUCGAUGAGGGAGCUCCCUUGCGUCGGAUGUCUUCUGCGACUCCUCUUUCCUCUGAGGACCCUCUUCUAAGCCCUCGGGACUCUACAACUAUAAAUCGAGACUCUAGGCGGACAACACAAAAGAUAUAUAUCCUUACAGAGGAUCUGACCAUUGUGGUUGCCGGGUUCACCACGAGUCUGUUGGGCUACACGUUAUACAUUUUAAUUUCCACGGUUACUCUGGGGAUGGGAUGGUUACUUCUUCGAUGGCUUCCUCGUUGGCGUGUGCGGCUGGUAGGGAGGCGCACUCCUCUUCGUGAAUGCCAUUGGGUCGCUAUUGAGGUAUGCAGAGGAAGUAUGCAUCGUUCCAACAUUUUGUUGACGUUUUUGUAGAAUGAGUGGGGCGAAUUUAUCGUCCAAGGGGUUCAAAGACGUCGAUAUGGCCAAAAUUUGUCAACUGUUUUUGGCCUGCAUGAAAAAACCUUGGCGUUCCCUGAUCCAGAUGAAGAUGACGAUCCAGUCAUAAUCUUCCUUCGGUAUUUGGAUUAUCGGUAUAUCAGAUUCUGCUAUCACCCAUUAUUGGACAAGUUUAUACUCAACAAUAGCUGGAAAGAUCCCAAUUGGGACAAUGUGAGAUCAAUUCGUUCAGGAAUAAAUGGCGAUGAAAAGGAGCAUCGGAGCCUUGUUUUUGGAGACAAUGUUAUAGACAUAGAGGAAAAAACCACUAUGCAGCUUUUAGUAGAAGAGGUCCGUCUAUCUUACUUGGUGCAUUCUCUGCCAGCGGAAACGAUGGACUCACUGAAUUACGCGCCGCCGAGCACUCACUAACAAAACAACCAGGCCUUCCACCCAUUUUACGUAUUUCAAAUAGCCAGUCUGGUUUUAUGGACAAUCGACGACUACUACUACUAUGCCACUUGUAUCCUUAUAAUAUCAGCGAUCAGCAUCACGAGUACCCUGAUAGAAACCAAAUCAGUAAGUUUGAUUUACCGGAGCCGCAAUGAUGCAAUCGCUGAUAAAGUAGACCAUGCGGAGGUUGCGCGAGGUUUCACGCUUCGUCUGCGAUGUGCGCGUGCUCCGCAAUGGAUUUUGUAAGGCGACCCAACAAGCGGGUGCCAAACCUCUGAUUGAAGGUGCUGACAUCUAUAGGGUGCUACGUCUCGUCCAACGACCUGGUUCCUGGCGAUGUUUAUGAGAUCACUGAUCCUUCCUUGGCCCUGUAUCCUUGUGAUAGUAUUCUCUUAACCGGAGACUGCAUCGUGAAUGAGAGCAUGCUGACUGGUAAAUCCGCUCUUUGUUUUUACUCGCAGACCAUGUCUGACAUAUCUCUAGGUGAAUCUGUUCCGGUUUCUAAAGUCCCUUGUACGGAUGAAGCUCUCCAAGCGUUGAAUCUUGCAUCCUCCUCAAUUCUCCCUGAACUAGCCCGACACUUCCUCUUCUCCGGCACAAAGAUCAUUAGGGCUCGUAAACCUCAAGAUGGGGUUGAUGAAGAAGCGGUUGGAUUGGCUAUGGUCGUUAGAACCGGUUUUAACACUACCAAGGGAGCCUUGGUCCGCUCUAUGCUCUUCCCCAAGCCGACGGGAUUCAGGUUUUACAGAGACUCGUUCUACUAUAUUGCUGUAAUGAGUGGAAUCGCAGCAUGUGGUUUUGUCGCGUCUUUCAUAAACUUUGUCCGCCUCAAGGUAGGCUUUCAGACACCCUACCACAACAGACCUAGCUAACAUCCCGUAGUUACCGUGGCAAACUAUUCUCGUGAGGGCGCUAGAUCUCGUCACUAUAGUAGUGCCACCCGCGUUACCCGCCACUCUCACUAUCGGGACCAAUUUCGCCAUCUCCAGGCUCAAGAGAAAGGAUAUAUUUUGCAUUAGUCCCCAGCGGUAUGAGCCCUCCUCGGAAUACGAGGCCGCUUGCUAAGUGGUGAAAGUGUAAACAUCGGUGGUAAACUCGAUGUUAUUUGUUUUGACAAGACCGGCACCUUGACUGAAGAUGGACUUGAUGUGCUCGGUGUUCAUGCUGUCGAAUUAUUUUCGCCGAAGUAAUCUUUUAACCCUAACAUGAAGGGUUUUUUUUGUGCUCAUCAUAUCCUAGAUUCUCUGAUCUAUACAAAGAUGCCGACAGCCUGUCGCCGAACCUCGAUCAUAACCCUUCCGAAAGCCUCACGUCCUCCGAGGCUAUUCUAUAUACGAUGACAACUUGUCAUUCCCUCCGCCUUGUCGACGACGAAUUGGUCGGGGAUCCAUUGGAUAUAAAGAUGUUUGAAUUCACAAAAUGGUCAUAUCAGGAAGAAGGAAAGAAGGCUCGCGGGGCGGACGGGGGGGCAAAUGGUGAUCAUGGCAUGGCAACCGGCAUUUCUCCUCCAGUGGUCAGACCGCCGGCCUUCAAGGGCACUCCUCUAAAUGGCGAUCUCUACGAUUCAGUGCCAGCAGGGGUAUAUGGCCUCCAUCCGAAAUAUUUUUGGCCAUUCCUUAUUUAUUUGAACUAACCGCCCAUUUGCCAAUAGAAUGGACUAGAGCUCGGGGUAUUCAAGUCCUUCGAAUUCGUUUCUCAUCUUCGCCGCACCAGUGUCGUUGUUAAACAGUUCCGGGCUGCCGGCGGAAAUAUAUAUGUCAAAGGGGCCCCAGAGUGUAUGAAGGAGAUCUGCAAAUCGGAAAGCUGUACGUUUCUAAUAUUGCCUGCUAGCGUUAUAGUAAGCCCUGUUAAAUAGUCAUAUACUGCAGUUCCUGCGGACUACGACGAACUCCUUGCACACUAUACCCAUCGGGGAUAUCGAGUGAUUGGGUGUGCAACCAAAUAUCUCCCCAAACUUAGUUGGAUCAAGGCCCAGAAGAUGAAGCGUGCUGAUGCAGAGAGCGGCCUUGACUUCGUUGGGUUCAUCAUUUUCGAGAACAAGCUAAAACCACAGACCGCUAAAGUCAUUGAAGAGCUCUCGCAAGCUGCGAUUCGAAAGGUCAUGUGCACCGGAGACAACAUUUUAACUGCGAUUAGCGUUGCAAGGGAAUGCAAUCUGGUUGAUAUGGGUGCCCACAUAUUUGUCCCUCAUUUCGCAGAGGGCGACUUUCGUACUACAAACUCAAGGCUGCAGUGGGAGAAUGUUGACGACCGAGAAUGGACCCUUGAUGAGCGGACUCUUUUGGUAGGGACAUCUACCCCGCAGAGUUUUCCCUCGCAUUUAUCUGAUGUCUUGCAGCCCUUGCCUGCGCCUGAUGGCACAGGUCUCUCUGGGCCAUACCAAAUCAGCAGUGUACGCGGAUACUCUCUGGCCAUAAGCGGUGAUGUGUUCAGAUGGAUUAUAGAUUAUGCCCCAAAGCAAGUCCUGCACCGGGUACGAAAUUAUAGCCCCCUAGCGUAACAUCGCUAACUCGUCUAGAUGCUUGCCCGUGGCCAAGUGUUCGCGAGAAUGUCCCCGGAUGAGAAACACGAGUUAGUUGAGAAGCUGCAAAGCUUGGAAUACUGCGUCGGUUUCUGCGGCGAUGGGGCCAAUGACUGUGGUGCUUUAAAGGCUGCAGAUGUUGGUAUCUCCCUCUCCGAAGCAGAGGCAUCAGUGGCUGCCCCGUUUACUAGCAGAGUAUUUGACAUCUCUUGCGUCCCCGAGGUUAUCAGGUAUGUCCCGAGCGAUGCAAACCUCUCAAUGAGUAAUACUAACCCUUUUGCCUAGGGAAGGGAGAGCAGCGCUUGUGACUAGCUUCAGUUGUUUCAAAUUCAUGAGUUUGUAUUCCGCUAUCCAAUUUACGAGCGUGAGCAUACUCUACCGGUCAGCAUCAAAUCUUGGCGAUGUUCAGGUGCGUGUCACUAGCCGUCCUCCAGAGAUUCUCCACUCACACCACCCAGUUCCUUUUCAUUGACCUGUUCCUCAUCCUGCCCCUGGCCGUCUUUAGUAAGUCAAUUCUCCGAGUUUCAGACUCUACCCUUUGCUAACAUUCCUUAGUGGGGUGGUCCGGGCCACACCCUGUCCUCUGCCCCAAGAGACCCACCGCAAGUCUUGUAUCGCGCAAGGUCUUGGUGCCAUUGUUGGGGCAGAUACUAUUGCAGUUCAUCGUUCAACUAGGUUGCUACAUGGCCGUAAGGCGCCAGAACUGGUAUAUUCCACCAGUCAUUGGCGGAGAAAAAAAUGGCAUCUUCAAUUCCGAGAACACGACACUCUUCCUCAUAUCCUGCUUCCAGUAUAUCGGCGCGGCAGUUGUGCUGAGCGUAGGGGCACCAUUUAGACAACCAAUGCGAGAAAAUCGUGAGGAACCACCGCGAUCACAUAUCUAUCAGGUCACCACUAAUCCCCGCUUGUGCAUAGUUCCCUUUGUGAUUACAGUCGCGACUGGUGUAUUAUUUUCGGCCUAUAUGGUCCUUAAUCCCGUGACCUGGCUCUGCGACCUCAUGCAGCUCACAGACUUUCCGUUAUCCUUCAAGUUUUUCCUCCUAACCAUGGCUGCCAUUGGAUUCGGCUUGUCCGCUUCGUUUGAAAUUCUCAUCUUGCCUUUCACAUCACAACUCAUUAGUAGACUAAAGCUAGCGUUGAGCUCUGGGCCUAAGAAGGGCAAGAUCUACAAGGUGAUCGAGAGGGAGAUGCGGCUGUGA